GACCGGUAUUACGGCCGUAGAAGUGGACGCGUAACUUACCAGUUUUUCGAUCGUGGAAGAAUUUCCUUCAAGGAAAACAAAGGCCUAGUAGAAGCCCUAGUAGAUUCAACUUGCCGUCGUAGGAAGUAUCGCGUAAAUACUAUUAAUUGCUCAGUAUACAUAACGUGUAAAAAUUCAACUAGCUUCUUUACACUCGAAUAAAUGCAUUGAGAACAAAGUUUGUGAAAAAUCGUCAAAGUCGCGUUUUCUUUUUAUCUCUCACGAGUAUCAAGAUUCGGUCAAUGCUGCCGAGAUACUCGUGAAUCGCGUUUCUGAAAUUUUUAUGUAGCGGCCAAUAACCGUGGAACGUGAGUUCGUUCAUUUUAACGCAAAGUCUUCGGCACAGACAAAACGAGCGGGUGUAAACUUUACUCGGAUCUCAACUUCGCGGACUUGAAUUUCCCAUAGGAUUGUGUUUCUUCUCUCUGUGUAUGCGAUGGGUUCGAAACACGAGUGGGAUUAUUCCAUUCAGAAUGGACCGAGCACAUGGGUAACGAAAUUUCCUAUGGCAGCCGGUUCCAGGCAAAGUCCAGUGAAUAUCGAAACCAAUCGAGCAAAAUCUGAUCACGAAGCACUGAGUAGCAAACCAUUGCGGUGGAAAUAUCCGGCUACAGCUUCUCGGAAGCUGGUUAAUCCAGGUUAUUGUUGGCGGGUGGAUACUUAUGGCGAAGGCACAUUUUUGAGCGGUGGACCAUUGAUGGACGAUGUUUACAAGUUGGAGCAGUACCACUGUCAUUGGGGAUGUAGUGAUUCCAGGGGAUCCGAACAUACGGUGGACGGUCAAGCUUUUGCCGGGGAGUUGCAUUUGGUGCAUUGGAAUACCAGCAAAUACAAGACUUUUGCCGAAGCCGCGAAAGCUUCCGAUGGUCUGGCCGUUCUGGGAGUCUUCCUUAAGGUCGGCAAGACACAUGAAGAAAUGGACAAGAUCGCACGUCUACUACCAUACGUAUCGCACAAGGACGAAGUCGUCGAAAUUACGGAGCCUAUCGACCCUGCUAAACUCCUUCCCGACGAUAACGGAUACUGGACGUAUUUGGGUUCAUUGACAACACCGCCGUGCAAUGAGAGUGUCACUUGGAUUCUCUUCAAAAAGUACAUCGAAGUGUCCCAUCAUCAGCUAAAUAUAUUCCGCAAUCUGCGAAAGUUUCCACGUGGCGAAGAGUGCCCUUGCCAUGAAAACCACGGAGCGGUGAUCAACAACUUCCGCCCACCGAUGCCGUUGGGAAAUCGUGUUUUGCGAGAGUGCGGUAGCUUCUAAGAGUGAUCUUUUUAUCAAGAAAAUGAAAAGGAAUGAAAGGAAGAGAGAAACAGAGAUGAUUCGACCUUUUCUUCAUUUUUGCGAACCAUCGACCUCAGAACGACUAUACUUACGUACAGUCGUUAACAAACAAUAGCGUUCAACGUGCCUUUUAUUAAUCAACGAACACUCGCAUUGCGUUCUGCGAAGCGCAGUUCGCUGGCCCGUUGUGUCCUUGUAAUCAAAUUUGAUAGCGUAAUCGAUUCUUUGUUGAAAGAAACAGAGUUACGCCGCAAGCAGGAAAUGCUAUUGUGUGGACAUGAAUUACAGAUAUUUGAUAAUUUUAACUCUUGCAUAAUAAGCGGCAAACUUAUUAUCCAAUGUCAUUUAAUUCGAUUACACGAUAUAAUCUAUCGAUCGUACAAUGUAAUUGGCACCGUAUCUCGAAAUUAUCAUAACUUUAUACAGAAUGUAUCGUAAAAUAGGUCGUGUAAAUCUUUGUAGGUCUUUGUAGAUCAUGUUACACUCUUUGCAAAAAUCGCAAAUUACACAUGUCUAUUUAAUAUUCUCGUUUUAAAAUACAUCCUGUAUAGCGAGCUACUCAUUGGACACAUCGAGAUACUAAUUUUAAACACAAGGUAUCUGUGACCAACUAGAAUGUCCUUUGAUAGCAGAUACACGAGUUGCUGAAAAAAUCUUAAAAACAAAAUACAUUUACUACAGCACACUAA